AGAGGUAGAUUUAGAAGGCUUCAUCCUACUCUCUCUCAAUCUCUCUCUCUCUUCCUCACAGACAGGAAGAUUUCUGGGGGAGGUGGAUGGUGCUUUUAUGACCCAACUGCUCAGCAUGGGGGUGUUCAACCAAGUGACCAUGUACGACUACCAGGCCAUGUGCAAGCCCCCGAAUCACCACCACAGUGCGGCCCAGCCCCUGACCAGCCCAAUCCCUGCAUUCCUGACUGCUACCAGGUGGCUGCUGAAUGAGCUCUUGCUGUUCCUGCUGGAGUGGAGUGCCUGGGGCACCUGGCAUGCGGACAGUGGGGCCGAGGCCAAAACUGUUUUCCAUCACUCCCACAAACAUAAGAAACAGGAUAUGCUGCAGCCCUGCGACACGGAGUACCCUGUGUUUGUGCACCAGACAGCCAUCCAGGAGGCCAACGGGAUCAUCGAUUGUGGGGCCUGCCAGAAGAUGUUUGUGAUGCAACAGAUUCCCAAGAGUAACCUCCUCCUCCUGGUGACAGACUCCACGUGUGAUUGUAGCAUCUUCCCACCAGUCCUGCAGGAGGCUACAGAGGUCAAAUAUAAUGCCUCUGUCAAGUGUGACAGGAUGCGCUCCCAGAAGCUGCGCCGGCGACCAGACUCCUGCCAUGCCUUCCACCCAGAGGAGAAUGCCCAGGACUGUGGCGGCACCUCAGCCAUCUCAGCCUCGCUCCCCCUGCUCCUACUGCCUCUGUGUGCCUGGGCACUACUGCCCCAGCUUCUGUGGUGACACCCAACCAGUCUGACCUUCUGCUUUGGAAAGGUGAACCUUUCAGAUGCAGUCUAAAGAGUCAGCAACUUAUUUACGAUCCAGCUCAGUUCAGCCGGGUUAUCACCCACCUCCCCCAGGUCAAUGCACAUCUCAGUUUUGGGCUAACAGUCCCUGCCUCCUAACACCACUGGGUGGAACAAGAAACCAAGUCCAGUGUCCCAGAAGCCACUUCCCAAAGACAUUUCAGGGUGGCUGGUACCAACCACCCCAAGUCUCAAUGGGCAUCCUCGCAUCAUUCCUACCUUCUCUUUGGGAGCCCAGCUUGAGCUCAACCUGGACCAAGACUGAAGAAUUUAGUUCCACCUAUUCUCCAGAAGUCCAGACCCAGCCAAAGGAAGAUCAGCUCUUUCUAAUGAACCAAGUUGGUCUUCAGGAGAAUCCAAGGACCUACACAUGCUAAUAAAAGCAAAGCAGAGUAAGGCCAAUGGCAGAGAUGACAGUAAGGCAAGAACAUGU